UACAUCGAAAGUGUGAAAGUAGCACGCGUCUGUCAUACAUUUUUGGAAAAUGAUAACAAAAUAUUGGCCAUCUUAGUUGGAUGACUCUCUUUUGUUUCUGAAAAGGAUUAUUUUUGGAAAUUAUUCAAGAUGAUGACCAAGGUGAAGGCCCAGGGCCUCGUGUCAGACUUGAUGCCCAACAUCAAGCUGAUGCAGAUGGCCGGCCAUUUCCUCUUCAAUUACCAUUCAGAAAAUGCUGGCAUGUCAAACCUUCUCCGCAAGAUCUACGCGAGUACUCAUGCUAUCCUCAUCUUCAUCCACUACGCGUGUAUGGGCAUCAACAUGGCGAAAUACUCCGAUGAGGUCAACGAACUGACGGCCAAUACCAUCACUGUACUAUUCUUCGCUCAUACUAUCAUCAAGCUUGCGUUCUUCGCUUUGAAUUCGAAGAGCUUCUAUAGGACCCUGGCAGUAUGGAACCAGUCGAACAGUCACCCACUGUUCACGGAGUCAGACGCUCGCUACCACCAGAUAGCGCUCACCAAGAUGAGGAGGCUGCUGUACUUCAUCUGCGGGAUGACUGUCCUCUCUGUUAUCAGCUGGGUAACCCUAACCUUCUUCGGCGAGUCAGUGCGCAUGGUGACGAACAAGGAGACGAACGAGACCCUGACGGAGGUGGUGCCCCGGCUGCCUCUGAAGGCCUGGUACCCCUUCAAUGCUAUGAGCGGCACUAUGUAUAUCGUGGCGUUCGCUUUUCAGGUAUACUGGCUCCUAUUUUCAAUGGCCAUAGCGAACCUGAUGGACGUGAUGUUCUGUUCCUGGCUGAUCUUCGCGUGUGAACAGCUGCAGCAUCUGAAGGCUAUCAUGAAACCCCUCAUGGAGUUGAGCGCCUCCUUGGACACGUACCGGCCUAAUACUGCUGAGCUGUUCCGAGCUUCGUCUACUGAGAAAUCCGAGAAAAUCCCCGACACGGUAGACAUGGACAUCCGAGGCAUCUACUCCACGCAGCAAGACUUCGGCAUGACACUGCGAGGUGCUGGUGGAAGACUCCAGAACUUCGGCCAGCAGAACCCCAACCCUAACGGCCUGACUCCCAAGCAGGAGAUGCUGGCCAGGUCUGCUAUCAAGUACUGGGUGGAGAGGCAUAAGCAUGUCGUCAGACUAGUGGCAUCUAUUGGAGACACGUAUGGUACUGCUCUGCUAUUCCACAUGUUGGUGUCCACCAUCACUCUCACCCUGCUGGCCUACCAAGCUACUAAGAUCAACGGAAUCAACGUGUAUGCUUUCAGUACAAUUGGAUACUUGAGUUACACUCUGGGUCAAGUGUUCCACUUCUGCAUCUUUGGAAAUAGGCUCAUUGAAGAGAGUUCAUCAGUAAUGGAGGCGGCUUACUCCUGCCAGUGGUAUGACGGCUCCGAAGAAGCGAAGACAUUCGUGCAAAUCGUCUGCCAACAGUGCCAGAAGGCUAUGAGCAUCUCUGGAGCCAAGUUCUUCACGGUCUCACUUGAUUUGUUCGCUUCGGUCCUUGGAGCCGUUGUAACCUACUUCAUGGUGUUGGUACAACUCAAAUAAACUGGACAAACUACAAGAAUCGCUACUCUAUUACAAAGUCUUAUUUUAAUAUUUUGUUGAUCGUUAAAUACUUUAUGCAUUAUUUCAACUUUCAGUUAGAUCUCCAAUUAAUAAAUGAAUAAUACAAAUACUUAUCAAUUGGCGCUACAUAAAAAUAAAUAUGCUAGCAGUGGACUGACAUCGACGCGAGUUUUUGUUCGUGAAAAAUGUGCGCGAACCAUUUUAUUGGAAUUUUCAUGAUUAAUACAGUACGUAGUUUAG